CAGGUGUGAUUGUAUCCAUUCUACGUAUCUAGAGAUAGCCUGGCCCUGAGGUUAACUCCCUCAGCGUUCGCGUUCGAUCCUGAUAAAUUAAAUAAUUCACUCAUUUACUUCAAGUCCACGAAGUAGCGGUUCCCCUGAUUUUCCCCGCAGCCAGGUGUGUUCGGAAAGCUUAACGUUCCAGGAUUGGGAGGAAUAGGGAGAAGAGCGCGCACCGACAUACCUGUGAAACUACGGUUGUAAAUGAAGAUCUGAUUGCCACGGACAUCGACACGUCUGAGACAUUGCCUGGCUAAAAUAACAACUCAUAUCGAGGCUUAAAGCAAGUCGUUUCUUUACGAAGGAUCAUCAUGAAGAAAUCAGGAUAUUCAGGUAUUGCCAGGUCCACCAGUGGGAGACUGAGGAGGACAGACAGAGAAGGUUCUUCUUCCAUCACCAGUCCCACACUAAAGAGGUCGUUUGAGGUGGAGGAGUCUGACAUCUCCAUCAACCCCUCCCCUCUGUCCCGUAGGACCAACCUCCGCUCCUCCACCUCCAGCCAGCGAAGCUUCCACGAAGCCCGCAACUCUGACAACCCCUCCAGAACCUCGCCUUCUGACUCCAACCCUUGCUCCCCCAAAACCAGCCUGAGACGCAUGGAGCUGUCCGGGGGAGUGGUAGGAGGCCGUGCCCUGGAUACAGCCUCCACCCGCCGGACCGAGAUCUCUAUUGAGGUGUCAUCCAAGCAGAUUGACAGCUCGCCCAGCCCGGGUAUCGCCCGCUUCGGCCUGAAGAGGCCUGAGGCCCAGAGUCUUGGUUCUCGAGCCGGAGCCGUCCCAGAGAGCUCCACCAGCUCCAGCUCGGCACACAGACGGGCAGAGAUCUCACUCUCUCGGCCCCACGAGCCCCCCGGGGCACCCAGGAGGGGGGACUCCCAGCCUCCCUUAGCCACCCGGAUCCCUGACCCCCCUCAGAGGAGGACCGACCCCACCAUGGUCAGCCCUGUGGAGGGCUUUACUUCCAGGAGACCCGAGAUGCCUGUCUUCCGACAGCCAGAGAUGACAGCACCACCUCCGGUCAGGGUGGUGGAGAACAACAGCCACCCCCCAGUGCCCAGUGGCCCCCUGCCCAGCCUGGUGGAGCCCAGGAGCGAGAGGACACAGCCUCCGGUCAGCGAGACGCCCGUCGUCAGACCUAUAGAGAAGGUCACUACCAGCUACAGCAGUAGAGCCAUGUCUGAGGUGGCCGUGUCCGAGAUGAUGAUGCCACCCCCGGCGGUGCCCGCAGCGUGCCAGGUGGAGAAGACUGUGCCAGGUCCUGGCAUGGGGGACUUCAGCUAUGUGGGCAUCGAUGCCAUCCUGGAACAGAUGCGGAGGAAGGCCAUGAAACAGGGCUUCGAGCUCAACAUCAUGGUAGUGGGGCAGAGCGGCCUAGGGAAGUCCACUCUGAUGAACACUCUGUUCAAGUCCAAGGUGAGCCGUAAGUCAGUUCAGGCCACGUCCCAGGAGAAGAUCCCCAAGACCAUCCAUAUCAAAUCUGUCAGCCACGACAUUGAGGAGAAGGGGGUGAGAAUGAAACUAACUGUUAUCGACACACCUGGCUUCGGGGAUCAGAUCAACAACGAGAACUGUUGGCAGCCCAUCAUGAAGUUCAUUAAUGCCCAGUAUGAGCAGUACCUUCAGGAGGAGAUCAACAUCAACAGAAAGAAGAGGAUUCCAGACUCAAGGGUUCACUGCUGUAUUUACUUCAUACCCCCUACUGGACACUGUCUGCGACCUCUGGAUGUGGAGUUUAUGAGGCGUCUCAGUAAGGUGGUCAAUAUUGUUCCUGUCAUUGCCAAGGCAGACACGCUCACCCUGGAGGAGAGGGACUUCUUUAAACAGAAGAUCAGGGAAGAGCUACGGGCCAAUGGGAUCGACGUGUACCCCCAGAAAGAGUUUGACGAGGACGCAGAGGACCGGAUGAUUAAUGACAAGAUCAGGGAGAUGAUCCCGUUUGCUGUGGUGGGCAGUGACCAGGAGUACCAGGUCAACGGCAGGAGGCUUCUGGGUAGGAAGACAAAGUGGGGAACCAUAGAAGUUGAGAACAUUGCUCAUUGUGAGUUUGCCUAUUUGCGGGAUCUACUGAUUAGGACCCACAUGGAAAACAUCAAGGACAUCACCAGCAGCAUCCACUAUGAGGUGUACCGCGUCCGCCGCCUCAACGAAAACAACACCGCUGUCGCCCAUGCCAACGGCCUCCCCCAACACCACAUGACCUCCCAUGAGAUGUAAAGCCCUGCCCACCGUUUCCCAUGAGCCCUCGCUUCCCUCCGAAGGAGCUUCGAUCCUUCCAACCCGUUAUCCUUCCAUCCCUCACCCCUCCACUCACUCUCAAUGCCAAACCCUUCUACAGAAGGGAGAAGAUCCACACUGGGGGGACUGAGGAGUGUAGUCUUAUGCCCCCAAAUGGCCAAAUACAGACGCAUAGAAUGGACUGUUGAUGCCAAUGCAUUGCCCCUCGAUGAUAACCUGGUCUCUCUGACUAACGUCUAUACGAUGGGGGGGGGGGGGGGGGGGGGGUAAAUGCUAGCUAUCACUUGCAUUCAUUCAGGUUUAACCAGGCUAAGUAAACACUAUUAAUGUACUGCAACCUUAAUCUGUGUGUUUUCAGUUAUUCUGUCGUUCUUUAGGUCCCUCAUCUGUCGGGUUGGUUAACAAAAUAACGCUGUGUUUUCAGUGCCAUUACAUACAAGCAGUGACAGAAGUGCCCGCAAACUUUUGUUUGGGUAAAAUAUAGAUUUCUCAUCCGUUUUAAUAUAGCCCCUGUAAUACAUCCUUUAUUCAUUUGACCUGCUAUCUGAAGGUUCUACAACUUUUAUUUCUGUUCCCUUUGAGAGGAAGUAGUUUAGCCUUGAGGGACUCUAAUUCCCAGUAGGAGUGCUGAUUUGGGAUCAGUUUAGCCUUUUAGAUAAAAGAUUACAUGGACAGAGAGACCUGAGCCUAGAUCAGCACUCCUACUCUGGGGGGCGCUUUAUACACUCGGCCCCAGAACUGUGGUACUGGAUCCAUCGCGACAGCAGCAAAGGCACAGGACAGAUAUUCAGCUAAGUAUUUAGAAGUAUGACACACAGAAAUAAAAUCUAUUCAUUCUAUGGCAGUUGAUUCUUUUGUCAGAGUUCUGUUUGAUGAUGUCCGAGAGGGGUCAGUUGAAGAUGGUGAAUGGGGAGUGUUUCAUUGUGAUGGAAGUUGAUAAUGCUGUUGGAUUGGUCAGGAUUGCAUAAUGUCAGGGUUACUUAAUGUCGGGGUGGACUGGAGGUUUUGAGUCUAGUGGACAUUGUCGACACAUCUGUAGGGCCAGGAGUUUUUCCCCAUAACUUGAACUGACCAGAAAAACCUUGGGCCCUUGUAACAGCCUGUAACUAGGACGUUCUCAGCCAUAGUUAUAGACUGUAACUAGGGUCUUCUCUGAGUCGUCGUUAUAGACUGUAACUACAGUCUUCUCUGAGUCGUCGUUAUAGACUGUAACUACAGUCUUCUCUGAGUC